GCACCGCCGUUGAUGGUGUGUGUGCAGCUCGAAGAAGGCGAAACAUUGCGAGGAUAUGAAUCGGUGGCCGACUUUGCGUGACUCCGUGUAGCGGGCCGCCUCUCCCGGCUUCGGCUGCGAACACGUCGGCCUUCGGUGGAGGCGGCGGAGCGGCCGUUUCGGCGGAGGGAGCGUGACGGGUGGCCUGUGCUCCAGUCAUGACCUCCGGGAAUGGGAACACUAACAGCAGCCAGCCCAAUGGAGAGAGCAAGCCAGCCCAGGCCCUAGUCAAGUCCCACAUCCUCACCCAUCUGAUAGAAGGCUUUGUUAUCCAGGAGGGAGCUGAACCUUUCCCAGUGGAGCGUCCAUCUUUCUCAAUAGAGAGCUUAAGGAGGAACACAGCAGAUUCAAAGAUGGACAGCCUCUCGCCAAAGGAGAUCAAGUCCCAGCAGGAGCCCAUGCUGACCUGUGAGCUGUGUGGCAGGGUUGAUUUCGCCUACAUCUUCAAGAGGUCCAAGAGGUUCUGUUCUACAGUGUGCGCUAAACGAUACAAUGUGGGAUGCACAAAGAGAAUGGGUCUUUUCCCGAACCGCAAAACCACCCUGGAGAACAUGAAGAAGCAAAGAGCGCUGAACGGAAACCACAAAAACACCACUUUAGAGUCUAAAAAGAAGAAGCCGGCUGCAGCUGCUCUGUCCACUGGUCACUCAGUCCACCCUGCGCAGGGAGAGUCCAGCCAAUGCUCGGACUUGUCCGGCUACAAAAGACCCCCGGCUCCCCUGUCGGCUGCCCAGCGGGUGCCGGCGACGCAAGGCUCCGAGCAUCCCCUGCUGCCCCCCAGCUUCCUGCCCGGUGACCCUGUCCAGUGGAACAUAGAAGAUGUCUACGAGUUCAUCUCCUCUCUGCCAGGUUGUCUGGAGAUCGCCGAGGAGUUCCGCUCUCAGGAGAUCGAUGGCCAGGCGCUGCUGCUGCUGAAGGAGGACCACCUUAUGGGAGCCAUGAACAUCAAACUGGGUCCUGCGCUCAAGAUCUUCGCUCAGAUUAGCAUGCUCAAAGACUCGUAACCCAACCUCACACACUUCCCCACGAGGCAGCUCCGCUCUCACCGGACAAACGCGGCGAUCCCACACGUUGACAAACUUUUUGAGUUGAGUUCAGGUUCCAGGCCGGACCUGUUUGAUGGAUAUUUGGUCCUGGUCUGCUUACAUCAAGGACCUCAGCUGUUCAACUGGCUUUCUACGCGGUUAGCUUCACUCUGCCGCUACUUCAGGAAAAACGUCUCCCCCGGGUCAGGGAGUAAUACUGUGUUAGUAGUUAGGCUGUGUUGGGGGGAAAGGGUUUGAUUAAGAAUACCUUCAGUUUGCAUAGUUUGUUACUGUACUUUUUAAGACUUAAGGUCAUCACUUGAUUUGUUUUUGUAUUCCUGACUGUGAAGAUUUCUGAUUGCUGUUUCAGACCAACAUUCUGGUAAAUGGACUGACUCUUACCUGCUGAGAAGAGCAUCGUCAUCCCUGUACAUCCUGUUAGUCCUGAUCCAGGACCUUUGUUCUGCCUAUCACAGUCCUGCAUUGCCAUCUCCUCACAAGUUAGACUUUUGUAUUGUCGAUGGAAGAGACUUUUCUUGUUGUUUUUAGUUAAUUCUAGGCCAGAGACGUAGUAGUUCUCUAAAUAGUCUUCCACUUACUAGCUUUUUCUAGAGCUCUUUUUGCUACAUCCAGUGUUUAGUGACUGAAGCGGAGCUGGCAAUGCAGGGCGGUGAUGUUUACUAUCAGGAUCCUGGAAGUCCAGAAUGUGUCUGUUCGCCCCAGAGCCGGGAUGUAAUUCAGGUGUUCCAUCAGAAAUCACAAGUGUUUUUAUAGUCGUUCAACAAGAGGAAGUAGUCUGCCCUCCCACAGUGGGACUGAGAUGUGAUGCUGUUUAAAUAUGAACGUAACAUCAGAAUUUCAGACACUUUCUGAAGGAAUAGCACUUCUGAACAUACUGGCUCCUUGACUCUACCAUCAGCUGGGAAGAGAUCCAUCCAACAACCCAAAGCUGUGUAAUGACAGGGACGUUGUAGUUUGCAGUAGGAGCUAUUUAUUGACCAACAACCUACUCCUUCUCAGUGUGCAAGCUGUAUAGUUUAAAGUAGUUGGAAGGCAGACUUUCUCUUGUUGUAGGUCACUUACAUCUCUGUUUUCUGCUAAACCAGACUGAAGAACAAUUUGCAGAACCACUGGCCUGAGCAUAUAGCUGUGAACAAAAGAUUACUUACGCCUGUAAAGACCAUCAAGACUGUGUUGACUUACCAAUGCACCUGUCUGUCAGAAAGACAAUAACUGGUUCACCCCAAGGAUUAAACACCAGCACACGAGUGGAGCAACGUGCAGUCCAGUGCGGUGAGGAGUCAACAGACCUGAACAUAGGAGAGACUGAACAACAGCUCCACAAGAGGAGCGCAUCUCGUCUGAACUCGGCAUCCACCUGCAUCUGAAGGAUAAUGGACACUCCUUUGAGGACAGCAAUGUGCACGACAGAUGGUUUGAAAGAGGAAUGAAGGAAGCUACUUCAAACUGGAACAGCAUCUCUAAACCGAGGACGGGGUUUGGCGACACCACGGAUCCAGCACAGUGAUGGGGGCUCUCCCCAGAGAGUUUCGGCAUCGCUAACAUCUUGAGUCACCAGUGACAUGGCAGGUUCGUAUCCUUUGUUGUGUAAACUGACGGCUCCACCACCACGAUCGCUGUCAUCGUUGUUGAACUCAAUGGUUUCACAGCAAUUCACGCCUUGAGGCACAGAAGUUCUGAGUCAUUAUCGGGCUGUUAACCAUGUGAGCCGGAGCGACUGAAACUCACCAUCACUCAGCAAGAACUGAAGAAGCCUCUUGUGUGAAAGGUGAAAUAUCUUCAAGAACUUUGAAGAGAAGUCCCGUUGAGUUCUCCUGGGUUGUCACAAAAAUUAAACAAUCAUGCAUCUGUCAUACAUCUUUUGAAAAUUUGACAAAAAUCUUCUGGGUCAAAAGUAUACAUACAGCAACCUAAUCAAUCUGUUUUGGAGAUGUAGAUAGUUGUGGUAAUUACAUUUUCUUAAAGGUUCUGUGGUCAGAUAAAACAAAAAUAUUGGGCUAAUUGGCCAUAAUGUCAUGAAGAUGUGUUUGGAGUAGAAAAGGUGGAAUGAUGAAGGAGGAUUAGCUCCACAGCCAGAGGGUCGGACCUUGGAUGCAGUUGUUCCAACACGACAACGACCCCAAACACACAUUAAAAGUGGUUAAAUUGGGGUAGAUGUCAGGUUUUAGACUUGCCUCCUUGAAGUCCUGACCUGAAUCCAAUCGAAGGCCUUUGGACUGUGAUAAAGAAACAAGUCUGUGUCCGAACACAUUUAGUUGAACUGCACCAAAAACUCCCAAAAGUGCCUGGCUGAGGUGACAUUUUGCCAAGAGACAUUUAAUCCAACAUUAGCAUUGUUUGUAUAUUUUUGACGCAGCAGCUUUUGUCAUAUUUCUAGAAAAUGUAUGAUAAAUUUAUAAAAUAAGAAAAAUGCAUGAUUGUUUUUUUUUGUAAAAACGUAUGAGAGUCGAUGGAGAAACUCAAAGACUCCGUUGACAUACGAGGACUUUACGAGUGUAUGUAAACUUUUGUUCACGACGGAUUAUGUUUGCUAGAUUUUGGAUGCGAUGACAACAAACACACAAACUCAACAAACCUCACGUAGCAGACAGCAGUGUUUCUAGGCCAACCGUGCUCUGUAGAUCUGUGCUGUACAAGGGCUCAACAUGAAUCCAUAUAAAAUGUAAUGUGAUCAUAUCGGUUGGUGUCUUUUAUCACGUUUCAGUUUGGUCCACCCAGUGUUUUGUUUUUUUUUCUCCUACAUGCUUCUGGUGCUUGUUGAUAAUGGACAAAUGAGCACAUUUUUUUUCAGAUACAAAUUUGUGAGCCACAGUCAUGAUGCCUGCUGGUUACUUACUACAGAUGCCAUUAAAUGCCUGAGAAUUUCUCAUCCAAAGUGUAUGUAUUUUUUAAAAAGAAAAUCACAUCUGAAAUAUAAAAACAAAGCAAAGACAGCUGAUAA